UUAAAAGUCAUUUACACUCGACCACCAGCACCGCACAAUUCAGUGAACAAGCCGGUGCUGAUCGGCUCUCAAUAAGCCACAGGAUGGGCGGAACCAGCGGUAACUCCGAACAAAGCAGCAGCGAUCAUUGUGGAUAUACGGAAACUAUAGGAAAGGUUCUGAUCUGGUGGAGUGAAGAAACUGUGAAACAUGUUGCGGGAUAUAAAGUGGAAGAAAAGAUUUUACGUCUUUCAAAGAGAACUGGCACUGUAUGAGAAAUCUUUAGAUGUGAUGAUCGUAAGAUCCACAAGGUGGCGGUAAUGCAAUGACAUGAAUGAACGACAGUCAUAAAAUCCCGAAGAAGAAGACAAAGAAGACGGCACGUGGUUUGUUUGGUUGAGUGUUUCUCUAAAAAUAUCUUCAGUCCAGCUUGAACGAGUUUAUCAACGAGCCGUUAACUGCUGCUGAAGAAACAUUCACAGAGUUUAAAGAAAUCAUCGUCAAGUCGGAGGAAGAGAUGGAUGAUCAUCGCAGACUGCUGGAUUUCUCCCGGAGGCCCCAGAUAAUCUUACACCGAAUAGAUUGCCUGCAGUGUAACGUUUAUAACCUGGAGAGGAGAUCCACUCUGGACCAGGAGGAGUUGGAACCUCUGCAGGUGAAACAAGAACAGGAAGAGCCUGAAAAUCAUCAGAUAAAAGUGGAAGAGAAAGAAGUUUACUGCAGUCAGGGUGAAGAACAGAUUGAAUUAAAACAGGAGACUGAUACCUGCAUGGUGGUUCCUGUUGAUGAGCAAACAGACCACACUGAAUCAGAACCAAACAGGAACCAAGUCAUCUUCCAGGAAGCUGCUGAAGCUGAGAACCAAAAUCAGGAAAGAAGAAAACCUUUCUCAUGUGUCAUCUGUAAAAAGCGUUUGACUUUCAAAUCUGUUUUUGAUAUUCACAUGAGAACUCAUACGGGUCAAAACCCGUUUUCAUGUGUGAACUGUGGAAAAAGUUUUCGUCAAAAACAGCAUUUAACUCGGCAUAUGAUGAUUCACACUGGUGAAAAACCGUUUUCAUGUGUGAACUGUGGAAAAAGUUUUAGUCAAAAACAUAAUUUAACUAAGCACAUGACGAUUCACACUGGUGAAAAGCCGUUUUCAUGUGUGAACUGUGGAAAAAGUUUUAGUCAAAAACAGCAUUUAACUCGGCAUAUGAUGAUUCACACUGGUGAAAAGCCGUUUUCAUGUGUGAACUGUGGAAAAAGUUUUUGUCAAAAACGGCUUUUAACUCAGCACAUGACGAUUCACACUGGUGAAAAGCCGUUUUCAUGUGUGACCUGUGGAAAAAGUUUUAGUCAAAAACCGACUUUAACUCAGCACAUGACGAUUCACACUGGUGAAAAGCCGUUUUCAUGUGUGAACUGUGGAAAAAGUUUUGGUUAUAAACUGGCUUUAACUUUGCACAUGAUGAUUCACACUGGUGAAAAGCCGUUUUCAUGUGUGAACUGUGGACAGAGAUUUAGUCGAAAACAGGAUUUUACUCGGCACAUGAUGAUUCACACUGGUGAAAAGCCGUUUUCAUGUGUGACCUGUGGAAAAAGUUUUAUUCGAAAACAGGAUUUAAUUCAGCACAUGAGGAUUCACACUGGUGAAAAGCCGUUUUCAUGUGGAAAUUGUGGAAAAAGUUUUUGUCAAAAACAAAGUUUAAUUCGGCACAUGAUGAUUCACACUGGUGAAAAGCCGUUUUCAUGUGUGACCUGUUUAAAACGUUUUAGUCAUAAACAUAAUUUAACUCAGCACAUGACGCGUCACACAGUUGAAAAGCUGUAGAAGUAUGUUCCAUAAAUGUCCUAUGUUGUAUUUGUUAAAUGUGAUCAUUUUGAUCUUCACAUUUGGAUACUUAGAGAUGUUCAACCAUGACACAUUUUCCUUCAUUGAUGUUUUAUUUUUCUGGUAUAUUCUGUAU